UGGUUCAGUUGGCAAAGAGACUUCGUGUUGGUCGGGAAUGUAAACCGCACCUGCAUUUUGUAUUGUUAUCUGGGUGUCGGUGACGCGAGAGAAAAAAAAUGCACUCACAACAAUUGUAAAAACAAAGGUUAAGAACUGCAACUCCGGAGUUGCAACGCUAUUUCAAGGAUACGCCUUCGUCGUCUUCUUCCUUUCGUUCGGACUUUCGAGGCGAGUGUUAGUACGCAAAUAGAACACUCCUGUUAAAAGAAUUAUGAAGAGGCCGCCAGGACUCUGGCUGUUACUUUCUGCAGGAGUGUUAUGGCUUAGUAUGCAAAAUGUGUACGGAAUUAGGGCAACAGCGUUAAUAUUUGGAAGAGGGUCAACAACGAGUACAACAACAGAAGAACCUGCAUCAGAAGAGUCCGUAGUGGCAAAUGACAAAACAGGCACAAGUGCUGACAAUUCGACAUCGUCAUCAACCAACACGACAUCCCCUGCAAACGCAACAAGAACACUGACUGGAAUUCCCCAAAUUGAUUACAUUUACGAUCCCAAUCUUCCUCGUGAAUUGAACGGUUAUAAUCUAUCCGAAUAUCCCUUUUACCACCGAGUUCCGGAAGAAAUUGAAUUCAAAUGCGAUGGUCUACACGACGGAUUUUAUGCCAGCGUACCUCACAAAUGUCAAGUAAGUGAUCGUUGGUUCCUAGUAAACAGACUCGCUNCGAUCACUACAACUACAACACCGGCGCCACCAUCGGAUUCUGUUAGACCAGGAAAUGGUAACGGAGGGCGUAGAAGAAAACCAUUUAGAAGGCCACGGCCUCAGUAUGAUUACUAUGACGAUGAAGAUUAUGAAUCAGAUUACUAUGAUCCUCCACCACCAAGACAAAGAGGUCGAAGGAAACGACCAAGACCACGGCCUCGGCCAAUAUAUGAAGAUGAAUAUGAUGAAGAAUAUGAAGAUGAUAGAUACGAAAGAAGAGGAUCGGGAAGAAGAGGAGUCGGAGAUAGGGACAGGAGACCUUAUGACGAUAGGCAACAAUACGACGACGAAAAAUACAACAAGAAACGACCAAAUGAUGAUCGCAGGCAUAAGGAAGAUAACCCAAGUGGCCAAGAAGAUCGUAGAGCUUCCCCAAACGAAGACAGAAAACACAACAAACGCAGACCAUCCGAUGAACGAAAUUAUGAAACGCCAAAUAGGAAUGACAAACACUCAAGAGAUGACGACUAUUAUGAAGAUGAACCCAGCGAUACACGAGUCAAUACUCGUCCCAACAAAAAUAAGCACGCAACUGAAGAAAGCGAAGACACCGCGGAAAAACCUAUUAUCAAACCAAUCAGUGGUAGCUCCAUUUACGGCCAACCACGAAAGGCACCUCGAAUAAGGCCGCCAGUUCCUAAAAACGAACAAAACAAAUACAAUUACAAACCAGUAACUAAUUCCAAAUCGACCACUACAGCAGCUCCAGCUAAACAAACAGAAGAAACAGAUUACUACGAAUAUGAAGAAGAAGAGUUACCGCCAUCACGUUCUAAACCACGUCAAAAACAAAAUAAUACCAACAGUUCUCCAAAACGACCAACUAAAUCAUCUCUAGAACGAACCGAAAUAAAAGAAACGACAAAGGCCGCAGGUUACGGUUCUAGGCCGAGAGGAGGGUAUCGCAAACCCGUAGAUGAUUACAAUGAAGAAGAAGUUGAAGAGGAACGGCCAAAGCCACGGCGUCCGUACAGGUACAGACCAACCGGACGUAACGGAGCCAACAGGAAACGCCCGGUCGUGGACGAAGACCCUGUGGAUGAAGAUGAAAUGGAAACGGCAAAAUCUCAAAAUAAGAAGUCAACAGUGCGAACGGAAUCUAAAUUUUCAGAAGAAGAAAGAAAGGAGCCAACUACUAGAACACCUCAAAAAAAUAAAGAAAAAGAUCAACCACCUAAACCUACAGAAAAAAUUGUUGAAGCAACCACGGCAAGGGUGGAAUCUGGAAAGGGACAUCACCAGUCCUACGUAAGAGUCGUUAAAAGACCGUUUCUUCCUAGUCGCGGCGGUAAUCCCUAUUCACCAAGAGGACUUAAGCCCGUUGGGGCAAAAUCAUUAGAAGAUAAAAGGAUACGAGAAAACUCGCCAGAAGUUAAAAUCAAAGACGAAAAUUUAUCUAAACAUCAACAAAUUGUAAACGAGGAGGAAGUAGAAGAAGAAGAAGAAAUAUAUGAAGAUACUUUAACAACAAAUAGUCAGAACGAAGAAACUCAAAAACAUCAAAAUGUAAAACCCAUCUCAGUUGAUGUACAAAAACAAUUCAAACCUGAAGUACCAACUAAAUCAUUUUCAAAUGAAAACACAGACGGUACAAGUACAGCACAGUAUAAAGUUCCUGAAGAUACACCAGAACAAAUUAACCAGAAACCACUUUUCAAACCUUCUCCUCAAAUAAUAAAGAUUCCAGUGGAAAAUAAAUACGUUGAUGAACCGUUCGUAGAAGCAUCUCAAGAGGAAGACAUAAAACCCAUUCGUAAUCACCAAACGGUUGUUAGGGCUAAUUUCAAAGCAAAAUUACCCGAACCUCUAACAACAACAAAUAAACCGGUUUAUGAUGAGAAAAGUCCCUUAGACAUUCCAGAUGAUGAGUAUGAUGUAACGUUGAAUGAAGCAAUUAAUCCAACUUUACCAAACUUGCCCAUAAGGAGUUAUCCAACUGGCUUUAGUAACGUUCAAGGAUUUCCUUACAACAAUUUCCAAAGAUCCAGAACAAAUCAACAAUUUAAGCCAAGUUACCAAAUAAGGCCAACAAAUCACGGAACCAUAAUUGUCCCUCAUGAUGACUCGAGCGCGUAUUUAAAUUCUGAAAGCGGUUACAAUCCCAGUUUGAACGAAGAACCUCAAAUUUAUAGGCCACAAAAUUUUAGAUCAAGCCCCCACGUCACACAAGUGCGAACACAACCAUUUUAUUAUUAGCAUGUGAUUUCCUCAUUCUAAUAAACUACUACCUAAUUGUGUGAUAAAUUAAUGCCAUUACUUUUGUAAAUACUGGUAGACUGGAGCAAAUUCUAGCUGCACAUAGAACAACUACAAAAUUAGCAACAGAAGAGCGUCGAAAUUAAAGAUUGUGCAUAUAAAACAAAAUGCUAUUUAUAAUUAUUUUAUACAGAAUGUGUAAUGUGUAUGUAUGGUAAGAUAUUAAAUAAUUAUACACUACAGAUACAUGGUGUAGCAUAUA